GUGUUAGUCCCUAAGAAACAACAACUAAGUGAUUCCAAAGCCAUUUCUAGAGAGAGAGAGAGAGAGAGAUGAGCAUUUCGUCGACGGCGGGAUAUUUGGCUCGGCGAGCCGCCCAGAGGGAGAGGGUUCGGAUUCUUUACCGGCGAGCCCUCAAAGAGACUCUCAACUGGGCCGUCCAUCGUCAUCUCUUUUACCGAGAUGCUUCCGAUCUUCGGGAGAGAUUCGAGGCAAACAAGAACGUGGAAGAUCUUGACACAAUAGACAAGCUGAUAGCUGAUGGGGAAGCUUCCUAUAAUAAGUGGCGACAUCCUGAUCCCUAUAUCGUUCCUUGGGCUCCUGGGGGUUCUAAGUUUACGCGAAACCCAACUCCACCUCCUGGGGUUGAGAUAAUAUAUAACUAUGGACGGGAAGAUCACUGAAAUCUUCAUUUUCUGGUAACGAAUAAAGGUUUAAAUGGUUGGUUGCUUCGUCUGAGUUGAUGAUAAAAGGAGCUUUUUGAUGUGUAAACUUUGAAUGAACACAAAUCAUAGUAAUUCCUUGUUGAUUUGCUUUCUACUUUUUCUUAGAUAUGCAAAUUUGACGUAGAAAAAUCACCAUUGGAACGGUGAGUGAUGUUGCAACUCUUGGUUAAUUUAAGCGUUCAUCCUUUGCAUGAC